AGAUUUGCCCGAAACGACGUGCAAGGGGCAAUGCUACUAUUUUCAACUGCUUCAAAUCCCCGUGCAAGGAAAACGCUCCCAGUUAAGGAUCUGGGUGGGUCACCGGCACCAAGUUUAGUCUUCCGAGCUUUCGGAACAUGAAAGUUCCGAGUGAACCGGUGAACCGAUCCAGAUUGGAUCUUGCAACAUUAUCCUGAGACACGUAGAGGACUGUUUAAUCGUGUUUCGUCCAGUUUAGGUUCUAUUAUUGAAAUAAUAUUCGUUAGCGAGAUGGCGGUAAUACAGUAAGCCAAUAUGGCCUACAUCGCUCCACGCGUUUUGGUAAAAUGGCUAAUAACAGUCGGUCACACAGCGAGUCAAAAAUAAGCCGCUUUCCCCGCAUUUUUUUUUCCAGAACCAAAGAAGAGCCGCGCGAGCUCAGAUGCAGCGCACGCGCAGAACGACAACUCCGGCAUAGCUCCCGCCCUGACAAUCUGUCACGUGGGUCCUCGCCUCUCCUGGGUCCUUCGGCUUUUUUUUUCUUUUUUCUUUUCCAGCAUCCGUAUCACUUUCGUGCUACCUCGACCACUUCUGAUUGGAGGAGCUCUUCCAAUGAUAUUUCAUCCGCCUCCCCUCUCAGAGCCCGCCUUCCUAUAUGCUUUACGGUUUCCUAUUGCGGAAGAGCAACUGGAUUGGCGGUAGGUUGCAGCCCGUAGGGAGUCUUAUCGCCGUCAGAGAAUCAAAAAGGCUGGAGGCGGCGAAAGAAACCGUGAAAACGUGGGUAGCUGCGCGUGGAAGUGUCUGAAUGGGCGGUGGUGGUAUUGAUUUUUCUGAUAUUCAUCAUGAUAACUCCGGUAUUUGAACUGAGUCAAGAUCCAGAUUUUCUCACAAUAAUUAUCAAAAUACCUUAUGCACGAGUUUCAGAAUUUGAUGUCUAUUUUGAAGGGAAUUCAUUUCGUUUUUAUGUAAAACCUUACUUUCUCAGAUUGACACUUCCUGGAAGAGUUGUAGAAGAUGGAAGAGAGAAAGCAUCCUAUGAUGAUUCAGGGAUAUUUACAAUUCACCUUCCCAAAGAGACUCCUGGAGAGAAAUUUGAUGGCUUAGAUAUGUUGACAGCUCUGCUAGCACCAAAGAAAUCCCGAUCAGCUAAACCUUUAGUGGAAGAGAUGGGUGCUCCUGAUGAGGAGAAUAUGGAGGAGGAGGAGGAAUUUGAUUGGGAAAUAGAACAAACUCUUCAGAAAGAUAACUUGGAGGAUUCCUUGUGCCCGUCUGGUUUCUAUGGAUUUGGAAGUCAGAAAUCAGGAGUUUUUAGACGUCUCCAGGAUGAACUUAAUGAAGUUGUUGAUGUUAAAAACCCAGACAUAAUAUCUGCAUCUGAACGCAGAGAAAAACGACUUGCAGCAGAAGCUGCUAAAUUUGAUCCUGAUCAUUAUCUAGCUGAUUUUUUUGAAGAUGAAGCUGUUCACCAUCUGUUGAACUAUAAGCCCUGGUGGGUUAACGCCUACGAGUUGAUGAUGAAUGCUCAAGAAAGCACUUCAUGGAUUUCCUUUACAGAAGAUGAGAAAGAACAGUUAAGAAAAUUCACUAACAGAACAUUCCUGCUUGAUAAAAGAACCAGCCAACAAGUCUAUCUGAGCUUAAUUGAUAUACUUUUAGCAUAUUGCUAUGAGGUCUGUGCCACUGAAGGAGAAAAUAACGUUGAAUCAUCAUGGAACAUACGAAAAUUGAGCUCAACUUUAUGCUGGUUGGAGAGUUUUACUAGCAUUUCAGAAGUCCUUAUAUCCUUUGGAAGAAGAGUUCUAUGCUACCCACUUUAUAGACACUUCGAUUUAGUGAUACGAGCCUUGAAUGAUACGAUAAUGAUAUUGAAAUUAGGUAAAAGUGCCAUUUUGAAGUGUCUGCUAGAUAUUCACAAGAUUUUUCGGGAAAAUGAUCCUGCAUAUAUUCUCAAUGACCUUUACAUCACAGAUUACUGCAUUUGGAUUCAAAAAGCUAAGUCAAAGAAGUUGGCAGCGCUCGCUGAAUGCGUGCAGAAAGCAGAGCUGAGAAAGGAGGACUUGGGUUUCGAAUUAAAUGAGCUGGAAACAGCCGCUCUUCUGGUACACGAGGAAGAGAAAGAGUUAAAAGCGAUUGACGCAGGCGAUUCUGAGCAGCAGCUGCCGCCUCCCUCCCAAGAAGAUGCCAGUGAAUUCGAGGACUCGGGCAGCACUUCAUCAUACGAGACAGAAGUCUCUGAUUCGGAUGAACAAGAGUCCUCAGACGGUGAAGAUGGGAAAAUAAAUCCUUUACAAUGCACACUCCUAGAGGAGAGGACAGCCCCACUUAUUGGCGAUAAUGGAUUAAGGCGAGACACAGGAACUUUGACACUGGAGGGUAGUAAUGAAAAAUCAAAGCUUUCUCUACGGUCUACAUCUGUUUCGGGAGAACUGAUAGAGGAAUUAGAAAAGCAAAUGCAGGCGGCAAUAAGGCUGACGGACCUGCCUGAAGCUGCACCUUCUCUAAGGGAUGAUGGCCAAGACUGCAGCGGCUCUUCUUCGCAAGAGAUGGGAACCAACUGCACAGCUCAGCCUCGAGGAUCCUAAUUAAAAGGAACAUUUUACUGGAUCCUAAUUAAAAGGAACAUUUCUUGGAGGUGACUCCAAAGUUUUGGGAAUUACAGACGAAGUUUCUUAAACAAUAAUUAGGGAGAAGUUGUUAAUAUGUGGAAGCAAAACUGGUAUUUAAAAAAAUAUAUAUGGGUGUCCCUCAUCAAGAUCUUCAUGAGAUAAAGGUGUUCUAAAUAUAUAACAGUAAUCCAGUCUAAUUUAAUUUUGAUACCUAAGAUAAGAUUUUUCUAUAAUCUUAACAUUACAAUAGUUUAAUUGCAUUAGGAAAAUAUAAAAUAUGAAAGGAGGUUACUGGUUUCUGGAAAAAAAGUAUGCUUAAUUAUUUUUGUAUUUUAAAAUUAAUUUUGUUAACAGCUUAAUAUCUUGUUUAUUUUGAGGUGCUUGUGCCUGAGUAGAAGUAAAAAGCCUUGAAGUUUCCCAAUAUUUGCAUGUAGUAUCUUUGAUUUUCAGGUUGAUAUCUAUAUGCAGCAUCUUCAAUCUCUGUUCGGAUUAAUGGUAAUGAUAUUUCCCAGUACUGAAUUUUGUGGAAUUUACUGAGACUUACUGUAGGCAGUGAUGGGAAAGAGAUUGGCUUAGUUAAUAUUGUACUAUGAACCAAUCUAAAUUCAUUUCUUUAAACUUACCAGAAG